AUGCGCACGUAUUCUACGUUUUACGUUGGCCGUCUCCUCCCGUACUAUCAGUGCGAGCCCUUUUCGAGAGGCGAAGAACACCUUCGCGGUCAAGGGCCAAAAAUACCCUCGAGCGGUCCCGUUUCAAAGAGCCAGUAUGGUCGGCUAGCGAAGCGACCAGAUCACGCAGUUAAGCAAUGUCCUGACAAGCUGCAGUUAGCUCGUCGAGAAGAGAACGAACCGAACGUUCAUUCUCAAAUUGCGAGAGCGAAAACGCGGCACGAUCGUUUGAACGAUCUUGAGCUAAGGAAUUGUAUUUAUCCUUUACAAGGUCAUGAAGCCCAUAACGCCGUGAGAGUUCACGAGCCAGGUCAUCUUGCAACUGUUCCGUUAGACGGUUCAACUCUUGAACAUCAACUGGAUCCGACCGUGGAGCCGGAUCAGGCGUUCCCACCGCCACCACAUCCUUUGGUGGACUCAAGCGGUGGUCAACGCUUCCUAGUGGAGCGUAUUUUGAACUACCGCGAUGUGAAUGGCGUCCGGGCAAGUUACCUCGUCCGCUGGCGGGGCUAUCCACCGGCGUGGGACAGCUGGGAGACUCGUGGCUAG